AUGUCUCUCAACAAGAUCACGACUUGCCUCUGGUUCGACGGCCGCGCCGAGGAGGCGGCAAACCACUACAUCGCCAUCUUCAAGAACUCGGAGAUCACGCAGAUCCAGCGCGACACCGAUGCCGGCAAGGAAGCCCCUGGCGGAGAUACGGGGACGGCAAAGGUCGUGGCCUUCAAGCUAGACGGCCGCCCAUUUAUUGGGCUCAAUGGCGGGCCGUACUUCAAGUUCAACGAGGCCAUCUCGUUCCAGGUCGAGUGUACGGACCAGGCCGAGAUCGACUCAUACUGGGAGAGGCUUGGCGAGGGGGGCGACGAGAGCAAGCAGCGGUGCGGAUGGCUGGUGGACAAGUUUGGCGUGUCGUGGCAGGUGAUUCCGAAGCAGCUCAAGGAAUUUCUGGGCGGUCCGGACAAGGAGGGGGCGGCUAGGGCAACUUCGGAGAUGAUGCGGAUGAAGAAGCUGGAUAUUGCGGCCCUGAAAAAGGCGUACGACGGGGAGACUUAA